AAAUUUGUAAUAUAUUUUUAAAUUUGAAAGUAAGAAAGCUCUUUAAAAGACAAAAAUGAAUUGGUCAAGUCUAAAUACCGCGAACUUUAAUGUAACUCCUAUUGUAACAAUGAGCGCCUUGAAUAGGUCGGAUAUCUCUUUGAACCAAACUUUGCUGCUUAUUCAUGACAUAUCUCUAGCAACUAACGCCUCGAGCAACAACGCAACUGCAGACAGAUUUGCUCUCAAAAUGACUUCUUUGGACAUUGCUUAUGUGAGUGUGACAUUCUUGAUGUCACUGAUGUCCAUAUUUGGGUCAGUGAUAGUUCUCUUCGUCCAUUGGUCUUACUCGGAGCUGAGAACGUCGGGACGGACCAUGCUGGUACAUCUCACUGUGGCUGAUCUCUUGACAGCGCUGGGCAACUUGUUAGGAGUCGUUUGGUAUCUAAACGUGGAAAGCUUAGAAUACAAAAUGGUGUUUUGCAAGUUUCACAGUGCUUUGACCAUCAUGUCCAGCAUAGCAUCUUUUAUCUGGACAGUGGUUAUUGCCUGGUUUGUGUUCUGGAUUCUGAUUCGCAUGCAGCCGACAGCGAAGAAAACUCCUGCAAGUAUAAGCAUCGUCCUGCCCAGUAUCUGCUGGGCUAUACCUAUGGUCAUAGCAGUGACAGCACUGGGUUUGGAUGUUCUGGGCUACGACCACAAACUCUCCCAAGCCAGUUGGUGUUGGAUCAAUCCUGAAACUGACUACCCCAUGAUGUGGAUGAUGGUAACAGGAAAGGCCUGGGAGCUGGGGGCAUGUGCUUUGACUCUCAUACUGUACACUUUGGCGAAGGUUAUGCUGUUUAGACAGGCCAAGAAACGCUCUGCUUUAGUUUCACGCAAAAAUCGUCAGAUGGAUGAAGCCAACACCAAACUCACAUUUGUACCACUUGUAUUUAUAGUCAUUAGAAUCUGGGGCACAAUUAGAUUUCUGAUCGGCAGCUUCGCCCAUGAAUUUGGAAAUUCUUCGGUUGCCGAUUGGAUCGCCAUAAUGCAGGGCACUGGAGACAGCGCCCAAGGAUUCGCCAACUUCAUCAUGUAUAUUUUCUUCACCUCCAAAAUUCGGGAACGACUUUUUAAAAGUUGCCAGUGGUGCCACUUGGAGCGUUCCCAUGAGCACUCUGAUCACUCGCGUUCAUCCUCAAAGAAACAUAAGGAGUCGUCGUGUGAGCCAGGAAAUGGGUCAAUGAAACAAGCCAACAAAGUACAGUCAGCGUUGCCAGUUCAGACAACAAAUGGCAAGGCGUCGACCGGAACGCAUCAGACAUCCAUCGACAGCGUGAGCAAACAGAUGGAAGACCAGGAGCGCAGAGUUCGAGUCCUAGUGACCACAGCGUCCAGCCUACUGACCAGUGACAUUAUGACGAAACACAACAUUGACCCCAAAAUUGAGCAUGCAGGCAACAUUGUAGGGAAUGGUCCAAAUCAAAGUAACAAAGGGGACAUAAAUAGUCCAGUUUGACGGGUGGUGUCCCCUGAUUAAACAAAAAUAAUUUUCGCAAUGCAAUAUUAAUACCCAGUAGUUACCAAGCUCUGUCUACAUCGCCAUGAAUAGUAACGUACUUUAGCCCACUAUAUCUCUCCUAUGAUUAUCUAGGCUAAUUAUAAUGAAUAAUACAAUACAAUUGUGGGGAAAAAAAACGGGGCAUAGUACUGACCUAUGAAUUAGCUACGAAAUAAGUGUAGAAAGGAUGUAUAAACAAAGAAUUCAUUAUUCCAUGUCAAGGUACAUGCGUUGGGAAGCUGGAGGUGGGUCUGGAAGUGUGGGGAAAUGCAUGUGUGACAUUUCCUUUCCCAAAUCUUGCGUAACAGUGCCAGAAGCAACCUUCUUAUAAUUUGAACUGGCGUUUUACGGUUGAAUAUCAAUGGAAAAAAAAAAAGAGUAAAGAUUUCUAUUUCAGACUUAACAAUCUAUGGGGCGGAUGGUAUAAAGCUCAUUUGUCUUUAUGGCCAACAGUUAACGAGGUAUCCUUUAGAGUUGAGUGGACUCAGAGGCCUCCAAAAGUUCCAAAUGUUCCCACUCUUUAUCGGGAUUCGAACUCCUGAGAUCGAAAGCCAAGCACUUUACCACGCCCCCAAUACUAAUGAAACUGAAGAAAAAAGGUCAUUGGCAGUAAAUAAAAAAAAAAACUUGAAGUUUGAAGGACACAAGAAAUGUAUAAAAGGUUUUAGUCUAGCUGAGGAGGAAAAAAUGUCGAACAAGCAAAAGAAUAAUUUUUAAACAAAUCUUAACUUAGGGGAAUAACUCCAUAUUUACAGGCACAAAUAUCAUAAUACUGUAAAAAUUAUUUCACUUUUUAUAGCA